AUGAAUUCAGAGGUUUUCAAGGAAAUAUUCAAUGACAUUGUUACUCUGAAUGACACGGAGGGUCCAAGCUCAAACAUUUUUGAACCUAAAUUUAAGGCCAGAGAACAAUUGGAAAAGCUCAAAGAAACUGUGGCUAACCUUUAUAAAAACCACAAAAGUCUUAUUGCAUUGCAGCAACUGUGUCGUUGCUUAGUGCUGAUGGGCUCUAUUAUGAUGGAAGUGGAUGAAUCAGAGGAGGGGGUUGUGGAAUUGAGAAAAGCAUACCGUCUUUUACAGCAUUGCAUAAAGGAAGAGUUGGUGAACGAUAUCAAUGUGGACCCCGUGGCCUUAGAGGAGGUUCUGCUUUCCACGAGUCAUGAUUGUUUACACGAGCACCACUAUGCCCAAUGUGUCGAGUUCGUACAGGUGCACAACGCACUAGCUAUUUACUUCUCUAGUGCGCACCCCGAGGACGCCGUGAAGAUUCUUCUUCGAGCCGAAAGCGGGUAUUUAAACUGGGAUAAAUGGUACAUGACCCAGCAGCCAGGUGCCUGCACGAUCGACGCCAUCCCGAUCGGCGACGAAGGCCGUCUGGAGGUGGACCGCAUUUUGGAAACAGGUGAUGUCGAGUACUUGAAAGUGGCUACCCAGCGUUAUGAGAUGGAUCUGGCCUACACCUCCACUUUAUUCUAUCUGGCCCAAAUGUAUGCUGUGCUGCAAGACACUAAACUUGCGUCUAAGUAUUGCCACCUCACUAUGUAUUACCAGCUCAUGUGUAAAAAGGAAUUUUCUAGAAAGCUAUGGGCUACGAAUGCACUGCACCUAAGCUUCUUUUACGGAAGCCACCUUGCGUAUGGUCAGGCGCUUUACUGUCUGAAGGCUGGACAAAUUAUGAUGUCAACGGAAGUUGCCGAUGAGUCGACUAGUGGCUUGGUGGCCUGGGGCUUUGGUCGCUACCAUAUGAAUCGCCUGCAGCAUUACGGAUCUCUUAUACGUGAGCCCUCGCACAGCGCGCCCUCUACAGUAGACUUUGCGUCUUACUGGAAAGACUUUCCCAUCGAUGGGCUAAGUCCACUCGAAGAACAACCAGCCAUUUUGACUCUUAAAGACGCCCGUGAAGCCUUCAAGGAGGGGGAAAAAGCUUUAGAUGAUGCCCUUAAAUUUCAUCCUUUUGAGUCAUCCUGCACGCAGAACAUUGAAAUCCUCCAGGAUAAAGCCAAGCUGUACGGCUAUUUAGCACUUUUUGAGACAACCCGCAGUAGAAAACUCGCCAUAGUUCAGUGUCAAAUUGAUCUACUAGAUAAUAUCCCAGAUCAGCUUAACUUUAAUGCGUAUCCCAUAGUUGUACGUCAGUUGCUAUAUGACUUAGGCUCUUUUUAUGAAGAUCUCCUAUUUUUACGCAAAAAGCAACGAAACAAAGCAAAGAAGGGCGAAACUUCUCUAACAGAUACUGCAUAUAAUGAGCUGGUUGAUAAGUGCAAGGGAUACUACAUCCGCUUCUGCGAUACGUGGAAAAACCCUCAAACAUUGCUUAUUCCUGAUGUUUUGGAUAGUGACUCAUGUCUUCCGUUCUUUCGUGCACUUAUGCGAUUAGCGCGAAUGGGGUUAAACUACGCCUUCGCAAACGCCAAGGAAGAAUUUGAUUGUAUUGGGAAAACCAUAGAGGCAUACAAAAAAGCUAUCAAGUUCGCUGAAAUGAAUUUUACUGAUGAGGAACAGCGUCAAGCUACUGAAAAAGAGGUGGUGAUGAACAAAGAAAUGGUGAAUUUACUGAUGAUCAAGCAGCAUGAUUUGAGUAUAGCACAUCAACGAGGGUUUAUAAAUUAA